GUCUUCGGCCCAUCAGAGCAUUCGGUAUGACCUAACUCGCUGUUACCAUGUGAGUGUCGCCAUCUGGGUUGAGGUGUGUCACUGUCUCUGUUAGGUCGUAGGGAGCAGUUCCACUCACCAUGGCUGAAGGUGGCUCCCCUCUGACAGAAUGGGGUAAACUGGAGUUUGCAAUUAUUAGCGGCCUCAGGAGCCUAAGAGAUCGAUACCUGCAGAGUGUCAGGGGCAGCAAAGAGCAGGGUAGCCCUGCGGCUAUAACUGAAUCUUUGAGUGACAACGCCGAUCUGAGGGCGACCUCCCUGUGCGGGCUGCCGGUUGAUCUCCAACUCUAUAUUAUGUCAUUUCUAUCACCAAAAGAUCUAUGCCAGCUUGGAAUGACAAGCCAUCAUUGGUAUCUAAUGGUCCAAGACCGUCUGCUCUGGAGAUAUUUUUUGUUACGAGAUCUUCCUACUUGGUCUUCUGUUGAGUGGCAAAAUGUAACAGAUUUUGGCAUCCUGAACACAUCCCUAUGUGACUCGGCAGAGGAGAACACCCAUGAUUACAUGUCUUUCUAUUUGAAGAACUGCCCAAAGGCUAGAAGAUCCAUGAGUGCCAGACAUCCUAUUUAUGGAGCAGUGACUUCAUUUCUGCAGUCGCUGAUUAUGCAGUCAGAGCCUCGCUUUGCUAUGUUUGGUCCUGGGCUAGAACAACUUGAUGACUCUCUGUUCAUAAGGAUGAUGACAUCCCCAGAUCUUCUUCCAGUUAUAAGCUUACUGCAGAGACAAAACCAUGGAGUUGGUUGGGGUGCCAUGUUUCAGUUUGAUAACCAAAAAUUUAAGAUUCUAGUUCUACAUUUUAGUUGCAGAUCACAACAAGAGCACGUUGGCAUCAACACAAUAUUUCUGCCCACUAUCUCUGGAGUGGAGCAGCAGGCGACCUUGUACACUCUAACUCCUCAAGUAAAGGAAGUGUGCAAAGUUGUGGAUGGAUUUAUCUAUGUCGCAAAUGCUGAAUCACACAAAAGACACAACCGUGAAGAUGAAAUUGCUCGGAUUUUAGCCAUGACAGACCCAUUGUUGGGACCACAGAGAAGACCAUUUUUGGUUUUAUCUUGUGUUACGCAGCCUGGACAUAGCAGAAUUCCUGCACUUUUUAUGGCACAUGAGCUGUGUCUUAACAAAUUAAAUCGACCAUGGAUGGUACAAAAUACAGAAGCAUCAACGCUGGCAGGACUUCUCGAUGGUAUAGAGUGGAUUCUUGGAGAAGUUGGAAGAAAGUUUUAAAACUAAACUAUUGAUAUAUAUAUAUAGGCAUGCCAAUGUAAAAUAUUGUUUUUAUAAAAUAGAAAUAAGAUGCACUUUAUUAUUACAUAUUGUUAAUUAUUGUUCUGUCUUACUUAAAGGGACAGUGUAAUGUAAAUGUGUUUUUGCCUUAAAGGGACAGUCUACUCAAAAUUAAACUUUCAUGAUUCAGAUAGGGCAUGCAAACAACUUUCCAAUUUACUUUUAUCAUCAAAUUUUCUUUAUUCUCUUGGAAUUCUUUGUUGAAAGCUAAACCAAGGUAGGCUCAUAUGCUAAUUUCUUAGCCCUUGAUCUCAGUGCAUUUUGACAGUUUUUCACAGUUAGACGACGCUAGUUGAUGUGUGCCAUAUAGGUAACAUUGCGCUCACUCCCGUGGAGUCAGCACCCAUUGGCUAAAAUGCAAGUCUUUCAAAAGAACUGAAUCAAGGGAGCAGUCUGCAGAGGCUUAGAUACAAGAUAAUCACAGAGGUAAACACUAUAUUAUAUAAACGUGUUGAUUAUGCAAAACUGGGGAAUGGGUAAUAAAGGGAUUAUCUAUCUUUUUAAACAAUAACAAUUCUGGACUGUCCUUUUAAUGUGUUUUCAAUUACUUGUUUACCAGCUUCAGAAUAUAAAAUGUAUGAGAAAUGCAUGAGCUUUAUUUAUGUAUUUGAAAUAGCUGGUUUUUGUUCUUUGAAACCACAACCAAUCAAUCAAAAUGGUUGCAGGGAAAUCAGAAAUCCUUAUUUUAUCACUUUCUGUACACACAUGCUUCUUUAUAUUAUCUCUGUCUGUAAACCAAAGCUCAAUACUUGGUUUGCACAGCUUUUCUUUAGCCUAUACCUAUAAGGGCCAGUGUACAUAGCUAUAACAAGUCUAUAUACCAAUACUAAAUGUACUAAUUAAAGAGAGGAGACAUAUAUAGUAACAUUUACAAAUAGUACAUUUAGUAAAUUUUACCUUUAUAUUUACCUGCUCCUGCGAUAACUCUCGAUAGUGCUGGCACUACCCAAGGAAAAGGCUGAGCUGUGCUUCAGGCUAGCAUGCCCACCCUCUAAUCGUAGGCCAUAUGCAAAUCCACUGUGCACAACAGCAACAGCCUGGAUGUAUGUGCUAUCACAGAGAAUGGUUCCUGGGAGCGUGCACACGAUAGAGACUUUGUACCGUGAAAGCUAAAAUCCUGACAGCCUGCUACGGAGCUGCCAUUGUCUCAGUAGCAGGCUGUGAGGAUUACAGCUGUUAUGAUUUUUGUUUUGCAGCAGGUACACUAUAGCCAUCAUAUGGCUAACUACCCAGACCAAUGGUGUGUGAUGUGAUAGUGCCGUACCAGAUUCUCUAAUAUUCUAAUUCUUUCUAAUGUUCUAUUGCUGGUGCCAGAAGUUAUAACGUAUAACAUUAACUGUGUAACAUUCUAGAGAAGGCAUUAGUUUGCCCCCCAAGCACUGUUACCUCUACCCCCCCCCAAACACUGCUCUAUUGCCUAAUAAAAAAUUGUAAUUGCUCCAGCUUCUUCACAAAAAGCUACACUUCUGCAAACUCCAAUACUUUGUAGAAAUUCAGCUCCAUCUGACAGCUCUAGUCUGAACAAGCUUUUUAUCAGGGCCGGACUGGGAAAUCAAUUUGUAUAGACCGGCCUAGCCCCGCCCCCUCAAGCCCAGUCACGCCCCCUACAGCCACCUCCCUACAGCCCUGCCAACUAUGCUUAUUAAAAAAGAAUAGAUAAUACUUUGCUGUGUCUGCCAGUAUAAAGAAGCACUCUCUUUGGCCGAUGUACCUGAAUUCCACGCAAAUACACUUCUUAACACACACAGACACUUUAUACUACUUGGAUGCUAAAAUUGCAGUGCUGUGUUUAGAUUCAGUAAUGCUAUAGACACAAAAAACUCCUACACCCUCAUAUAUUUUAUAUUUAAUUUCCGUUGGUCUCAUACAUAUUUGUUAUAACUGCACAGUUAGUAAUUAGUAAUUAACACCUUCCUUCCUGACACAGUCCCUGUCAGUAACAUAUAGAGCAGUAGCAUUGUCAAUCACAUAGUAUUUCACUUUUUUGUCAACUAAACCAUUUAAAUAUAACCACUUUUAGGAAUAAAACACUAAUCUACAGUAUAUCAUAAUAAAAACUCCCUCCUCUCCACCCCCAAAAAAAGGGGUACAGUCCCUAUGUGCAUAACAAAUUAAAACAUUCUUGUGGUCUGCUGGCGUAUACAUGGUGCCUCAAUCUUCCCAGUUGCCUCUACAUACAUCUCAACAUCACACAUCUUACAGUCACUUGCAUUACAGCAUGCCCCGGAUCGCCAGUUGCAGUUUACCCACGCCGGACGCUUCACGGAUAUCAAUUCCGCACCACCAGAAAUAGCUCGCUGUCUGUGCCCCCACGUUGUGAGUCAUCAACACCAGGGGAGUCCCAGUCACGGUCCGCUCACAGUCACUCCAGGUGAAUGUCGGACUCACAGUCCGUCCGUGACACUUAGUAAAACUCACAGGAACCGGAAGAGUCCGGACUGACAAUGAAGCCUGAGAGCUCAACCAGGAAACGGGAGCAGCUCUCCCAGCGGCUAGACUGGGUACUGUCUGUGUUGCGGCGCGGGUGCUGCCUUUGCUCAACUGUUGUUGAUCUCCAGACUGCAGUGUCCAUGUCACUCUGUGCAGCUGCCGGCCUAGUCCGGCCCACCAGGAAUAUUCCUGGUAACCCGGCGGCAAAAUGCGGCCCUGCUUUUUAUUGCACUUGUCACAAUCGUGGUGAUGUCACAGGGAAUCCUAUGACUGCGCACUUCAGAUCAGCGAGAGGAAGCGAGCUGGGAAUAUUGUAGAUGAACGUAUACAUUGAGUUAUAUAGGGCUUGGUAAGAAUCGAUUAAAAACUGCAAGAUUUUAUUUAAAAUUUAAAUUUUUUAGCUUUCUAAAAAACAAUUUAACUAUUUAAACACAGCAUAAAUUAAAUAUUUAGCUACAAAAAAAAUCAGUGCAUCAUGUCCCUUUUAAGUAUAGAAAUGUUCAGUAUAGGUAGGGAUAAAGCAGGCAAAUGCAGCUAUUUCAAUUGCUGAAAUAAAGUAAAAUAAGCUAUUUGUAAACAAUUUAAUACAUUCCAGCAGGUAAAAUAAAUAAUUAAAAAUACAUUAAAGGGGAGAAAAAUGUAGGGUAAACUGUCCCUUUAAGGACUAAGAUAGUGAAGCAUUCUCAGGAUGAUGAUGUAUAAUGUGCCUUAAUCAUUUUUUUUUUGCACAAACCACUGCUUCAGCUGAAUUAAACAUUUUUACACCACAAUAAAUACAAUAAAUAUC